CACACGCCAAUCUAUAGCCAUGCGGCAGGCCGGAAACUACUCGGGCAUCCUCUCCGGUGGAUUGUCCGGGAGAACCGGCCCUCACUCGCUCCCACUGGCAAGGAUAAAGAAGAUCAUGAAGAGGUCAGGUGAUGGCGUGAAGAUGAUAUCAGGGGAGGCGCCCAUUGCGUUCUCCAAGGCAUGCGAACUCUUCAUUGAGGAGCUCACGCAGAGGGCGUGGAUGGUGACCCUCCAAGGCAAGAGGAGGACCCUCCACAAGGAGGAUGUUGCAGCUGCUGUCAUGGCCACUGAUGUCUUUGACUUCCUCGUCGAGAUGGUGUCUGAUUCUAAUGGCACUCAGAUCGAUGCCCCCAGCUACCAAGUCCGACACCACGGUGGUGAAAAGAUAGAUCGUACGUGAAGCUCCCAUCUAAAACCCUCCCUCUGAAAGGAAUGGGAGAGGAUACCGUUCGCACUUGUUAUCCCGUUUGUUUGCAACUCUUUGGACUGUAAGAGCAUGAAAGAAAGAAGACAACCAAGCGAAAUGCAAUUCCUUAUCUUUCAGUAAUUUCAACUUUUUU